AUGACGGUGCCACACUGGCAGCGCCUCGAUUCAGGAAUCAACGUCAGAGGAGGGGACGUCUUCCACUAUGACUACCGCCAGGAUGGCUCCUUCACAUUGUCAGAGAACGCCCUGGAAGUUACGCUCCUCCUUGCUGCGGCGGCCGGCUGCAACCUGGUUGUGAUCGAGACCUACUGUGGAUGGCAGCACCCUGAGCACAUGACAUGCCGCAUUUGGUUCAAGCAGGUCAGUGAGGUCCACAGCUACAUCCGCAACAACACUGACGUUGACUACGGUCAGCGACAGGGGUACCUCACGUGCUUCCUGAGCAAUUGA